AUGGAGGAAGAGCACGCCACCACUUCACCCGUUACCUCACCCGUCACCGCAGCCGCUGCCCCGGACGCUGCCGUCGCCCCCACCACCGCCGCCACCGCAGCUACCAGCGCCGUGAGCGAAGCUGCACUCUCGGCGUCCUCUGAAGGGCAUGCCGCGGAAACAACGACCACCGGUGCCGGUGAAAGCUCUGUCCGUCGACGGAGCUCCAAGCACCACCGCAAAGGCGGAAAGAAGCACCAAGAGAAAGCGCAGGCAUCGGACAAUGACCAGUCACAGCCACGGCAGCCACAGGAGCAGCUUAGUGGCGUGGAUGGAGUGACGCAAGCAGCUUCGGGCACGACGCUUGCGACGUCACCGUCCCAGUCAUCGGACAAGGCGUUGUCGCCUCAGCCACCGGAGCCACAAGCGGCGGUCGAGGUGAAGAAAGCGUCCGGACGCGCAGGCGACGAGGAAAGGUUAGUCGUCCCGGAGCGCCGCGACAGUCCGCAGCCGACCGCCACCACAACCUCCGGACUGCUGGAGUACUGGCCCCUAGCCGCCACCAUCGUGGUGCUCGUGGUGGUCAUCCUGGUGCAGUUGCUGAUUGCCGCACCUAUCCGGCUGCAGAGGGCGCCUCGAGCCCACCGCGGGGAUAAAGUCUGCGAGUCCGAACCGUGCCGCCACUACGCGAAACUGAUCGCCGGCACCACGAACCUGAGCGCGUCGGCGUGCGACAACUUCUACGCGCACGUCUGCGGCAGGGCACGAAACUGCAAGUACAGAGUGCAACAAGAGACUGAAGGCAAGCCCGCCACCCUGUACAAUAUACGGCAACAGCGCCACAACAGGCUCCAUGAAAGAGACAACCGUUGGAGCUCCAGCAGUGAAGAGUUCCCGCAGCUGGGCACCUCGGCCACCAGCUCGAGCAGUAACAGUGCUGGUAGCUCCCCAAGGCGCAGCAGGUUCAAGUCAAUACUCGCGCUCCCGCUCGGUCAAGCGCGCGAGCUACGCCGACGUGGCAAGUGGCUCGAGCGACUCGAGUGGUACGAGCAGCUUGGACUCCUCGUCAGUGGAAGCCGCAGCCAUACGAGUGCUCUGCAUACAGCCAUGGAGGAAGAGCACGCCGCCACCUCACCCGUCACCUCACCCGUCACCUCAUCCGUCACCCCAGCCGCUGCCUCGGACGCUGCCGUCGCCCCCACCACCGCCGCCACCGCAGCUACCAGCGCCCCAGGCGAAGCUUGCACUCUCGGCGUCCUCUGA